AUGUGACAAACUCUUUCCUUUUUCACCUGUGUCAUCUUGUUUUAUUUUUUGAAGGUAGCUUUAAUUAUGUAAACAAACUGUCACUAUGGCGCUUUGCCAUGUUUGUGUGAUGUUCAUGAUGGUGCCACAAUCUGUAACCACUGAUACUCUAUGUAUGUCCAUUAUUUAUUAAUAUCGCAGGUAAAGUUUCGCCCACACCAACUACAACAUGCCCAUUCGCUGGUCGGACAAUUUGAGGAUGAGCACCAACAGCCAAUCAGAGAAGAGGAAAAACGGCUGCAAUCAGGUGUGCAGAGUGCACUGCCCACAAGUUCCAUCCCUUUGCGCUCCUCAUUACUCUGAUACAAACUCAGAUAGCACAGAUGAGCACAGAUCCUAUCAUAUGCUGGGCCACUAUCUGCGCGCAAACGUUGUCCCUGGGCCCUCGGUUGUGUGGUCAUCUUUGGUGAAGGACUCAUAUACUCAUCAUCAUCUACCAGCAUUUAUCCAAGAUGCAGAGCACUGGCACGGCCACAAAACGGAUCACCUCGUGAAGUGGACAGAGCAGAACUUUCUCAACAAGUGACUGCAUAAGCUGCUGAAGGAAAUGGAGAUCAAGGAUCCAAGUAGUGAUGAAGGAUUACUGGUAUACUCCUCUCUUCAUCAUCAUCAUACUUUAUGGAACCGGCCAGUCCAAGAACACACAAACUGAAGAUCUUUCCUGUGUGAGCGACUACUUGACCAAGGUUUCUUGUGUGUGGCGGAGCUCUACAAAUUACUCCGGCCAGCGAUGUGAGCUUGUGGGGGAAGAACACACAAAAAGAUGUGAGCUGGUGCCACUGAGCAGUCAAUCACAUUCUACCAGAAGUUGUUCUAUAACCUAUCAAAAACAUUACUUUUUUUUCAUGAACCAAAUCUGGUUGAGUGUCACCUGUAAUGGAUCUGUCAGAACUAAACAACGUUUUCAGCCUGCCCGACACAUUAAGACUCAACCACCAGAUAAGCCCACUGUAAGCAGGGAUAACAUAACUUGGAGUAAAGGCAGAAACUUUCCAGAAGACAUAACGGAUUAUGAAUUCCAGCUGCAGUUUAAAGCCGCAGAUACAAGAUGGGAGAUGGCAAGGCAUUGGAAUAUCUCUCAUGGAAGUUACGUGCUGCUGGACCAUCAGUCCCUGACUGCAGGAGAAGAGUACCAGGCCAGGGUGCGCGUGAAGCCUGUUGAACCCAAAAAUGAUGGUUACCUUCGGGGGCAAUGGAGUGACUGGAGUCCUGCUGUGUCCUGGAGGUCUGAGAUUGGAAAGCCAGUGAAACCAGAGGAUGAUGUGUCAUCACCAGUGCCUGAUGAUAUGCGUGUAGUUCUGAUCAUUGGCUUCCACAUCUUGCUUGUUCUGGCUGGUCUUUCUUUCGUCAUCUAUAAGGCAAAGAAAAGCAACCGGUUAUUAAAAUCAAACCAUCAACAUGUUCCAGACCCCUCCAGAUAUUUCCAGCCUCUUCACACUGUUCAUGGUGGAAACUUCCGGAACUGGCUGGGCUUUCAGAAUUCUGUUGGGCCAUUUCUUACCCCUCAGUCAUGUGACGAUAUCUCACCUGUAGAGAUCUCUGAUAUUUGGGACCUGUCCUUGAUGGAUCCCGACGCUCAGAUGGCUACUUCCGUGCUUGUUCACUCCAAUCAGAUGGACUCUGGUCUCGAGAACAGCGGCACCAGCCAUGCUUCAUCAUCUGGUUUCUCUAACAUGGGCUACUUCUAUAGCAAAUCGCAUUCAGGCUCUCUUUACCUCGAAUCCUGCCCCGUGUACUUCACCUAUCACCCUGAGGAAGGCACGAGCUCCACUGCCUCGUCGCCUAGGUCUUCAUAUGACUGUUUGCAAACCCCAAGUUACCAGAUGGAACAGCUGAAUAGCCCGGAUUCAGGGUUCGACAUGCCUGGAGAGCAGAAUUGUGAGGAAGACCAAGAUGAUGAUGACAUCAGUGGCGAGGAGAGGGCCGCGGCAGAAGGACGUGCGCUGGUUUCCUUCAUUAUGUCACUGUCACAGGGUUCCCUCGGUGCUGUUCGGCCAGCAGAGAGUUUCACUCCGGUGCCCAUCAUCACACCGUGGUCUGAACCUGUGAGAGCACCCAGCCGUAGUUCCAUCUCUGAGCCUGCAGAGGGCGCCGUGGUCAGACCCUCCUCCAUGAUUGAGCCUUGCGGGAGUGGAUAUUUGACCCUGAAGGAGAUGCAGAAAUACAGCAACAAAUCCAUCUGAACGCCUGUCUAUUCCAUCUCUGUCUGUAUAGGGGUCACUGGGGCUUCUGGGUAGGUUUGUUUUUGAAAGUAAUUUUCUAUACAGUCAGAUAGACUACUGUUUAAUGUUUGGGGUUGGAAAGAUUUUUUAAUGUUUUUGAAAGAAGUCCCUUAAGCUCAGCAAGGCUGCAUUUAUUUGAUUAAAAAAAAAAAAAAUGGCAUUAUUACUCCAGUCUUCAGUGUCACAUGAUCCUUCAGAAAUCAUUCUAAUAUACUGAUUUGAUGAUCAAGAAACAUUUCUGAUUAUUGAAAACAGUUGUGCUGCUUAACAUUUUAGUGGAAACCGUGAUACUUUUUUAUUUUCCAGAAUUCUUUGCUUAAUAGCAUGUUCAAAAGAACAGCAUUUAUGUGAAAUAGAAAUCUUUUGUAACAUUAUGAUUGUCUUUACUGUCACUUUUAAUAGAUUGAAUGCAUUCUUGCUGAAUAAAAGUAUUCUUAUAUAAAUUUCUUUGAAAAAAAUAAAAACCCCAAACUUUCGAAUGGUAGUGUAGCAUAAAGAUUUGGCUACGAAAAAACUAUAUAAAACAUUUCUACAUUUAAUAUUCAGGAAAUAAGAUACAGUUCACUGAACCUUUUGUGACAACAUGCCCCAAUAGCAAGACAUUUUCACACUCUGUAGGGGUAAGUUGUCACAAGGUGAACCUUAACAGCCUAUUAUAGGUGUUUCAGUGAAAUUUAACAAAACCAGUCAUAAAGGCCAGUUCAUACCAAGAACGAUAACUAUAACAAUAUCUAUAUUGUUCUGUUUAUUAUAAGUGUGCGCUGCAGUUUUGUUGUCUGUCUCUUUAAAUGCUCGAGCUCGUUAAAGCACGAUGGAUUCUGAUUGGCUGUCAAUGUAUUUAUCAUUCACCGGCUGAAAAAAAUUGUUCUGAAAGUGAUUCUAACGAUGCUGUUUCACUGUGCCUUUAUCGUUAUAGGUGUGGUGUGGACUCUGCUAUUCCUUUAAUAUUUCGAACUAUAUCUUUAUUGUUAUCGCUAUAGUUAUUGUCCUCGGUGUGAACGGGCCUUAAAACAGCAAAUUAUAAAAUUCUCUGUUUAAGGACUACAACAAAUGGCUGGUAGGGACUAUAAUGAGCCUCUCCCUGGGUUGGUGACAUCACUAACCCUAAAAUUUACAUAAACCCUGCCCCCGAGAGCACGCAACAAAGGGGGUGAGACCAUGUUACUGCAUUACGGUACAAAACACAAAUGCAAUAGCAUGUCAUAAAAGCAAGAUGACAAAAUGACAAAUUAUAACCAUAAUUAAACUAAACUAUACCUGUUCUAUCUUCAUGCAGCAUAUAUUCUCUGGCUCUGUAGGAUCUUACAACAGUUCCCACACGAGCCAUUUAUAGAUUAUCAUGACAGAAUAUGCUAAUCAAUGACUUUAAGAUAUCCCACAUCAGCUUCAUAAAUUUAUCCACUAACCAUUCAGAAACGUCCUGCAGCAUUCAAAAUGUUGUCACGUCUUCUUGAGUCUCUCCAUCAUUGUCCGACUCCGUUUUGAACAUAAAAGGCUGAACAGUUUCUGACAUUUUCAGUGAGUCUGCGUGAGGUAAUCGGCGCUGCUAACAGUACUAUGUGCUAACAUGAGCUAUUGAAACCCCGCCCUCUGCUUAGGAGCAGCAGCUCAUUUGCAUAUAAAGGGACACACACACAAACGGAGCGUUUUUGCUCACCCUCAAAAAGUGACAAAUUUAACAUGCUAUAAAAAAUUCAGACUUAUUUUACGUCUUGUAAAAUGGCAUUAUAUCACCCCUUUAAGCGUUUUUCAAUAGAAAACCAUUAUAAAGAAAACAUUUAGCCAUUGAGUGUGCAGCGUUCUGCUCGCCUGCAAAUAGUAUGCAUCAUCAAUAAGGUGAAUACUGAAUUUGAUCUUUUAAUAAACACUGUUUUUGUACACAAAAGGCACAUUUAGUGUUUUUCACGUUAAGCAUUUUAUAAUAUCCCGUUGUUUUUAGUGAUUGGAAUUAUGCAGCAGGUGCUGUAUAUAAAUCACAAGUGCCCAAAUCUUACAUUUUGUUCACAUGUUUUUGAUUUUCUUCUUUUGAGAUGGAAAACUGACAGGCUUGUAAUGGAUGUUUUGCCCGUCAGGUCUCCGCACCAGUCACGUGACUGAAAACUAUGACAAUUUAUUUGCAUUAAUUCUGAAUGUAGUUUUAUACUUUCCUAUAUUCCAUUUGAAUUAAUUAACAAAAAAGUCAAAGGUCCUUCACAGCUGCAUUAUAACAGCUUUGAGCUGUUAUAAUCUCCCUAAAUAAGCUAGAUUUAAUGGCAUGUUCUGGGUUAAAUACAACUUAAGCUCUGUUUGAACAUCAGUGCCACUGCAAUAAGGAUGAUAUAGACAAAUUUACAGCUCAAGUGACAUGUUUUUGUAUGAAAGAAUUGAUAUUAAGUGCUUUGACAAAAAUGCAAGCUUUACAUUUCAGCUUUUAUGCCCUCUGGAAUUUUUUGCCCCAUAGGCUUCCAUUGUAAGUGCAUUAUUACUGAAUUGAGGGACACGUUUAAAUCCGUGGUAAUUGGCAGAAUGCCACAGAUGCUGAUAGAGCUUAACGUUCUGAACGCUGAACAUUCCUGUAAAGUGACUUGUCACUUUUUUUUUUUUUUUGACACAUAUGAAGUAAGCAUCACAUUUGUGUUUUAACAUGUCUUAAAGGGAUAGUUUACCCAAAAAUGAAAAUUCUGUCAUCAUUUACUUACUUCCAUAGUAUAUAAAAAAACUUUUUAAGACGGGGACCAGAAACUGUUUGGUUACCCAAAUUCUUCAAAAUAUCUUCUUUUGUGUUCAGCAUUUUGAGGAACUUCAUGCAGGUUUAGAAAAACAUAAGGGGGAGUAAAUGAUGACAGAAUUUUCAUUUUUGGGUAAACUAUCACUUUAUUGAUUCAGUAAUGUUUUAUUUAGCAGAUGUUAAUUUGAAUAUAGCUUGUAUAACUUGAAUUGUCAAAGGUAAUUGUGACCACUAACUGUUUAUGUUGCUAACAUUUCAUAUUUUCAUGAACUGAUGAACUUGUUCAAGUCUCCAAAUUCAACAUUUUUAACAUUCAAGAACGAGUGCAAAGCAUUUGCUUGACUUUUAGCUGCUAUUUACUGUUAUUUCAUGUUUAAUGCCACUGAAUGCUAUGAACAUGGUAUAAAUGCUGCUUUUCAAAUGUGAAAUUAGAAAUUCAGGGUGUCGUUUUGACUGUGGCAAUCCACGUCUGCAGAAGCGUAAAGGCUUUUCAACUGAAAAAUCUCUCUCAAGAUAUUACAACACUCAUUUAUACUGAUGUCUGUACAUUUUCUAGGACUUUAGUGGUAUUUGAGCAUUUCUGGAUUGUACCUUUUAGAAAGCUCAAGAAUAAGCCAUUUUUUCAUCAAAAUAAACUGUAUUAUUCACUUUUUUUUGUAGAUGUAUGAAAAAAAAAAUCAUUUUUUAUUUUAACAAAGAAUGCACUUAUACAGUGUAAUGAUACUUAUAUUAUGUUUCUUACUUUUUUUUACUUUGUUUAUUGUAAGUUUUUUAUCCGAUAGUCACAGCUCUUACUUAUAUGUUAUUGUUGAGACUGAAAUAAAAUCCCAAGAAAUAUAA